AUGGUGUCCAAAUUAGAAUUGAAGCACACUCACACGUGUUUUGCUAAGCAAGUUGUGCAUUAUAAUGAGUACAAGGAACUGACCAUGCAUGCCAAGUGUGUGAUUCAGAACAACGAUGAGGCUAGCAUACGGCCCAACAAGACUUAUCUCGCACUGGCGAACAAGGUUGGUGGGUCAUCAAAGUUGGGUUACUCAGAAAAGGAUGUGAGGAACAACAUAAUGAGGAAUCUGCGCUGUGCUAACAUAAAUGCAGAUGUGAAGGAAAUGAUUAGCUAUUUCAUGCGAAUGAGAGAUAUAAACUCGAAUUUCUUUUAUGCAGUUGAUGUGGACAAGCUUAAGAGUGCGCUAUGGGUAGAUGCAAGAUGCAGGGCGUCCUAUGAAUAUUUUAGAGAUGUGGUAUCGUUUGAUACAACGUACAGUAGAAACAAGCAUGGACUUCCGUUUGCAUCUUUCGUUGGUGUCAACUAUCACCGAAAGUUCACUCUACUCGGAUCUGCUUUGUUGGAAAAUGAGAAAAUUCGUAAUUUUGAGUAG